AUGUAAAAUUAAUAAAAAAAAGCACAUACAUUACUUUAUACAGAAAGACAUUAAUCCACAAAUGAUUUGAUCUCACCUAGAGGAGAAAUUUAAAAAUUAUUAUCAAAGUCUCCUUUAUAAAAAGAUAAAUUAAAUGAAAAUAGAAUUAGUAAAACAUCAUUGCAUGAAUUAAAACAGUUUUAUUAUAUCUAAUUAAUUAGAUCUCAUAAUAUAGUUAUGGAAAUGCAAAUGAAAAAAUUAAAUAUUUAAAGAAGAUUGGCUAAACUAUUUAGAAAAGUGUAUUUGAUUACAAUAUUUCUAUCUAUAAAUCAAUAAUAUGAUAAAAAGAUAAUCAAUUUUAAAUUCAAUUAAAGAAAAUAUCACUACCUUAUUUAUCCAGUAUUUAUAUAUUAAGUAUAUAAGCCAAGAAUGAUGGUUUUAAAAAAUUUUGGGAUAUUUUUAUGUUAUUCAUUUUGAUAUAUUCCUCCAUUUAUACACCAUAUGCAGUAGCUUUUGAAAAUGAUCUAUUAGUACAUGAAAUAACUCAAUAUGUUUUUUCUGUUAUUUUUAGUAAAAAUAUAAAUCAAUAAAAGGCACAGAUUUAAUAAUAUUAACUAGAAUGUGUUAUUAUGAUGAACAUAAUAAUUUAGUGUAAGAUUAAACUAAAAUAUUUUUUAAUUAUUUGAAAGGAUGGUUUGUAAUUGAUGUUAUUUCAAUAAUACCAAUACCUUUAUGUUAAUUAAUCAAAGUGAUAAGAAUUAAAAGAGUUUAAGAAAUUAUAAGUUCAUCAUCUUUAAAUUAAAAUAAAAUGUAUAUUUUUAUUCUAAAUUAUAUAGUAUAGAAUUUUGGUUCAACUUUUUAGAUCUAAAAAAAGCUACUUUAUUUUAAAUUUUAUUUUUUAGUUUAAUUGGAUUUCAUUAUACAACAUGUUUAUGGGCCUUAACAAUUCAAUAUUCUUAAAAAGUCAUCCCUAAUUAUCUAGAUGCUAUGUAUUGGGCAAUGUAAACUUUAUCAACAACUGGAUAUGGUGAUUCAAUACCUAAUGGACCUCUUGAAUAUUUAUGUGCAAUAAUUGGUACAUUUAGUGGUGGUAUUUUGAUGAGUUUAAUUAUUGGGAAUUCUAGAAAAAUUCUAGAUGAUAUGGAUACUGAAAGUUAAUUUAAUAAAACUGUUAAUUUAUAUAAGAAUCUGUUUAACCAAAUAAUUAUUUUUUCUAAAUACAAGGAUUAAAUUAACAAAUUCCUUAUUAUUAAUCAUAAAUAAAACUUGUGUUGGACUUUAAUUUAAGAAGAAUGGUUUAAUCUUAUUCCAAAAGAUCUUUAAAAUAAAAUAUUACUUUUUGUGGCAAGGAAAGAAUUAUUAAAAAUAUCAUUAUUUAAAAUAUCUAUUCCAUUUUCAUUGAAGAUUAUUCGCCAUAUUAGUUUGAUGAAAGCAAAGGCAGGAGAAUUUAUAUGGCUAAAAGGAGAUCCUGUUGAUGAGAUAUACUUUUUGAUAGAAGGUUUAGUUUAAUAUAGAAAUUAAUAUGGAAAACCAUUAUUAUAGAUUAAAAAAGGUGUAAUAUUUGGAGAGUAGGAAUAUUUUCUAAAAAAAUAAAUAAUUCAAGUAUAAUAAUAACGAUAGCAUUAUGCUAUGGCAAUUUAAGAUUGUUAUUAUUUGAUCAUAAAUCAAUAAAACUUUUUUGUUAAUCUUAAGUAAUUUUAAGCAUUAUAAUAAUAUUUAUCAAUUCUAGCAUUACAUAGAUUGGAUGAGAUGAAUAUUCAAUAAAAAUAAUAUGAAAUUGAAGCUAAUAAAGUAAGAUUGAAUUAACAAAGAUUAGAACUAAUAAAAUAAGCAAAUAGAAUAGAAAUAAGAAAUUGUAUAUUAGUACCAACACACAAUUAAAAUAUUAUUUAUGAAACUAGAUAAAGUAAUACAGAAGGAAUUUUAGAUAAAUUAUUAAAUAACAAAAAAUCUAAAAUCUUAAUGCUUAUGGAUAGAUUUAGAAAAGUAGUUUAAAUGAUCAUCUUUGCAAAUAAAACUUUAGAAAUGAAAUUUAAAAAAUAAAAGGCAAUGUAAUAAUUAAAAAGGAAAGUUAAACCCCAUUAAAUUGUACCAAUCAGUGUACUUAUUAAAAUAAGAUAGAAAUUCUUACAUAUAUCACAUAUAAAGAAAAUAGCCUUAGAAAAAAAGAAUGAAUUUAAUAAAAUAGUUUUAGCAUUAUCAUAAAGUAAAAUUUAGAAUUAAGGUUGUUUUAAAAGAUUAAGUAGUUCUAAAAGUGAAGAAACAAAGUAUGCUCUUAUUUUGAAUCAUAAUCCAUAGAAAUUAUUAAAUGAAUUUUUUAAAUAAAUGAGUGUAUUAGAAAAAAGUUUAGCUUUAUCAUAAUGGUUAGUAAAAGAAAUAUAGAAAGAUAUAAAUAAUGAAUUGAUAAACAUAAAUUAGGUAUUUGAAAACAAUGAUUUAAUAAAGAAUUAAUGA